UCAUGUGAAUCGACUGUCUAUUAUGUUACUGUUUUUGUAAAGCGUCCUUAAGCUUGGGAAAGGCGCUAUAUAAAUUAAACAUUAUUAUUAUUACUGAUUUCCAAUAUUAAAGAGUUGCUUGUCUUUGUCUUUGCACGUGGGUUGUUGGUCAUUACAUUGUGUGCAUAUAGCGCUCAUGACACAAAGAGAUAUUGCACUAAUGUUUGUCACAAAGAGAUAUUGCACUAAUGUUUGUGUUAAAUAUUGUGUUUGGGAUGCAGAAACAUGUUUUUGUUCAAUGACAGUAUUGAUGAUAACAGAAAAUACAAAUGCUGAGGUGGAUUUUUCCUGUGAAGCCGCUAUGGAAAUAUACUUUCAGACUCUCCAGGGCAUUCAAAUAAGCAUGUUUCUAAAGAAUUACAGCAACAAUGACCAACAAAGAGAAUAGAUGUGGAUCCAUUUUUAGCACAAGUGAUGUGACCUACUGAUUGAGGGAUGAGAGCAGAUAUAAUAAUCACAUUGUUUAAAGCUGCAAGACAAAACACACAACCUCUAAAGUAAGAACAACUCGCAUCUUCAUUCUUCAGCCAGACUUUGAGAUCUUAAUAUUGUCUCAAUUAUUGUGUACGGUGCAAAUUCCCACUUGAAUUUUUCAGAAAUGGACCAAACUCCAUAUUUCAUCCUUCUCAUCGCUCUCUGCUCCGUAUCUGAAUGUGUUCAGCGUCAGUAUCACUUUAUAAACGUGAUGAAGAACUGGACUGAAGCUCAGAGAUACUGCAGAGAGAAUUACACAGAUCUGGCCACCGUUGACGACAUCAACGACAUAAAUGAGCUGAAGGAGAGUGUGAAUGUUGGAGGAGUUCAGUAUGUCUGGAUUGGGCUGCAGAAGACAGGUGUUGAUAAAUGGCAGUGGUCUUCAGGUGAACCUGUGGUCUAUCUGAACUGGGAUCCUACACAACCAGAAGGCAGAGAUGAUUGUGGAAUGAUGUUGAAUGGACAGUGGCAUGAUUUUCCAUGUAAUAAACAACACCAUUUUAUCUGCAACAACACGAACACAGGACCUGUCUUUGUCAAUCAGAUAAUGACCUGGACAGACGCUCAGAGUCACUGCAGACAGAAUCACAUUGAUCUGGUCAGUGUGAGGAACGUGAAUGAGAAUCAACAGGUGGCAAACAUCAUUUCUCGUAAUUCAUCUGGAUCGUAUGUCUGGAUCGGUCUGUCCAGAGUCAGAGACUUAUGGCGUUGGUCAGAUCAGAGUAACUCCUCAUUCAGAUACUGGAAGUCUGGUGAAACCAGUUUGAAUAUACAUGGUAAAAACUGUACAGUGGUUGAAGCGAACGCUCAGGGACAAUGGUCAGACUUCACCUGCAACCAAACAUAUCCUUUUGUGUGUUAUGAAGAUAAACUGAUCGUGAUCGACCAGAAUCUGACGUGGUCCGAAGCUCUGAGAUACUGCAGACAGAAUCACGUGGAUCUGGUCUCGGUUCAGUCGGAGGAGAUGCAGCGUCGUGUGAUGAAUGUGGUCAGACGGGCGUCUACUGCGGCGGUGUGGUUGGGUUUGCGUCACUCCUGCACCGUGGGCCUCUGGUUCUGGGUGAGCGGACAGACCGUGUGCUAUCAGAACUGGGCGAUUGAUGAUUCAGAGAACUGUGAUUCUGCAGUGAGAUCUGGAGCAGUUCGGUCUGGAGGAGAUCAGCGCUGGAUCAGCCGUCCUGAGAACGACCGACUCAACUUCAUCUGCAGCAGAUAUUAAGAGCGAAUCGAUUCAUCUAAAAUCGUGUUCAAUUUCCACUGCAUAUUUUCAAUUCAACAUUUGUAAUUGGUUCGUAAAUUAGGUUUUUAUUCAAAGUUUUUGUUUAAUUUACACCAUUCUGGUCAGAACGAGUCAUCAGCGUUUGGUGAAUCAUUUUGCACAGCAAUUGGUUCAAUUGAUUCAGAAAGCUUUGCUUCUCCCAUCACUAUCCAAAGGGUUAAAAAGACAGAAAUCUUCUGUUCAGCUGUUUGUUUACUUUAAAUGUUUUCUUCAGUAAACUGUUAAAAUGUCUCAAUUGUUCUUUUGAGGGUCUGUUUUCCUCCAGAUGGAUGAAUUUCUGUUGAUUCAUCAGUGUGAUUCCUGUGAGUCUUUUGCUGCAUUUUAAGAGCCUCUCGGCCAGAAUCGCUGUUAACACGCUUUACUUUUACAAACUCUUUCAACAUGUUAUUUACUACAUGUUAUUAACUGUUCAAAACGACUAAUUUUCUGAGGGGUUA